CUGCAUGCUACAACUUCUAUCUAAUCUCGAUCAUUUGGACUGAGACCACCAUCAAGUUUAGUACCUAAGAUCAGCAGUAUUUGAUAACGCUGAUCUCAAGACAACAGUACAAAAAUGGCAGAAAGACCAGAAAAACGUCCAGUUUCAUCAAUUGAAGUUCCCGUCGAUACACAAUUUAAUGGAUCAACAGAUUUCGUGCUAUCAGAUUACGAUCAUGAUGGAAAGAAAGGCUGUUGUCACAUGUGUCGUAUGAAAAUGAUCUACAGACGUUUGCCGAUUUUGACAUGGCUUCCAAAAUACUCUACCGCAGAUGCAAUUGGAGAUCUGGUAGCUGGUUUAACAGUUGGAAUGACAGUGAUACCUCAGGGGCUUGCAUACUCGAGUAUUGCUGGCCUACCACCUGAGUUCGGUCUUUAUGGAGCUUUCAUGGGUUGUUUGGUGUAUGUUGUGCUGGGAUCUUGCAAAGACAGCACAAUAGGAUCCACAGCUGUAGCAUCACUUUUAGUUGGCCAGUCUUCAGGAGGUGUCUGGCAAAGAGCUGUUCUUCUAACUUUUAUAACUGGUUUAAUCGAGGUCUUAAUGGGUAUUCUUCGACUUGGAUUUUUGGUAGACUUUGUAUCGGGACCAGUUAAUUCUGGAUUUACAAGUGCUGUUGCUUUAAUAAUUCUGACGUCACAAAUGAAGAAUUUAAUAAAUGUAAGGACGACGGGGAGUACGUUUGUAGAAAUGUGGACAUCAGUGAUAAAAAAUAUCAAUAAGGCCCACAUACCUGAUACAGCCUUAGGAUUAGGUUCCAUAACGUUUUUAUUGAUCUUUCGAUGGAUUGGAAGCUUACGAGUUGGUCCAAAAGAUGAUAAACUUAAGACUUGCAAGCAAAGGUUUAUAAAUAAGUUACUUUGGAUAAUGGGAAUUUCAAGAAAUGGAAUACUUGUGAUUACUUCUGCAUUAAUUGGAUGGUAUUUGGAACGUAUUGGAAAUCAGCAAUUUACUUUGGUAGGGAAAAUUCCACAAGGAGUUCCAAGGAUUUCAUUGCCGCCAUUUUCAAUACCUGAAAUUCGAGGAAAUGAUACAAAUGGCGAAGAGAUUAUUAUUCAACAUGGAGAGACUUUUACAGAAAUGAUCGGUCAUUUAGGAUCAGGAUUGAUUGUGGUGCCAAUGAUUGCGUUGCUGGAAAAUAUAUCUGUUUGCAAAGCUUUUGCUUCAAAUAAACCAAUAGAUGCAACUCAAGAAUUGUUUGCCAUGGGUUUUUCAAACAUUGGUAACUCAUUGUUUCAAGGUUAUCGAGCAAAUGGUGGAUUGGCUAGAUCAGCGGUUAAUAAUGCAAGUGGUGUUCGAACUCCAUUGUCAAAUCUUUACAUUGGAUCGAUUGUGAUAUUGGCUUUGACGUAUUUAACGCCGUAUUUCUUUUUUAUUCCGAAAGCAACUUUGGCGGCUGUUAUUAUUGCAGCUGUCAUUUUUACGAUUCAGUACAACGUCAUUGUUCCCAUGUGGAGGAGUAAAAAAAUUGAUUUGAUACCAGGAUUUGGAGCAUUUAUAGCUUGUUUGGUAUUGCCACUUCAGAUUGGUAUUUUUGUCGGUAUUGGAAUCAAUAUGGUCUUCAUUUUAUAUUACUCAGCUCGACCAAAAGUCAAUCUAAAUGCUUUAGAGACUUCUUGUGGACAAACAUUUUUGAUGUUAACACCGGAUCGUUGUUUAAUAUUCCCUUCGGUUGAAUUUGUCAGAAAUGUUAUUAACAAAUCUGGAAUGAAGACAAAUGUACCAGUUGUUGUGGAUUGUACUUAUGUUUAUGGUGCUGAUUAUACAGCUGCCAAAGCUAUAGCAACGAUGGUGAAAGAUUUUAAUACAAGAAAUCAAAAAAUUAUAUUUUAUAAUUUGAAACCAAGUGUUGCACAAGUUUUUGAAGGUGUUGCAACUAAUUUAAUUUUAUGUUAUAGCAAAUCAGAAUUAGAAAUCGAAUUGACAACUAAUACAGCAUACAUAGAGGCAUAUUAGUUUUUAAAUUAUGCAAAAACGAAAAGUUAUAAAUAUGUAGUAAAAUUAGAAAA